AUGAAAAGAAACAGAGAUGUGUUUCAAGGAGAUUCUAGCGGACGAGGAACCAAUCUAAUAGAGCAGUGGAAACAAUUGAAAUACAAUCCUCCAAUUUCAUCUCAAGGAAAUUCUCUGUUACGGUGCAAAGAUUGUGGUUUUAGACAUCGUCCUGGCCUAUGUAUUCGAAUGAUCGGCGCCUGUUAUAAUUGUGGUCAACGAGGUCAUAUAGCUCGUGAUUGUAAACUAGGGCCGAAAGAUAAUUCUAAAGAUAAAGAGAAGCAAUCUACCACCGGUGUUCGAGUGUUUACACUAUCUGCUGACAAAUCUACUGCGGGUAUGGUUUCUGGUACCCUUUCUAUUGACAGUAAAGAUGCAUAUAUCUUAUUUGAUACAGGUGCUACACACUCGAUUGUUUCUGAAAACUUCGAAGAAAAUCUUAAAUCAUAUGAACAAUCCACUGAAUUUCCAUUACAUAUUACUACUCCCAUAGGUAGUUCAGUAUGUAUAUUUAGGCAAUUCUCAAACUGUCCGUUAUUUAUUGGCGAUCGAAUUCGGGAAGUUACUUUACUACCGAUGAAAAUGGAUCACUUCGAUAUCAUCCUAGGCAUGGAUUGGUUGUCUAAACAUCGAGUGACCAUCGACUGCAAAGCCAAACAAAUCAUCUUCGGUGACGUCAAURAACCCGAAUACGUGUUCUAG